GCAUCAUCAAAACCCACCUCAGGAGUCAUUCCAGAUCGUAACCUAGCACCAGCUGAUUUCUCUCAAGCGGUACCACGCAUAGUGGCAGCACUAGAAGAUCGAGAUUGGGCUCAGCAAAGAGUUUUAAUGUUAGCGCAGUUUUGGGGAGCUAUCAUGGUUCAUCACUAUUGGAACUCCCACAAUAUGUUGGCUCAGAAGGCCAUUCUCUUGUUCCAAGAAGAACAACAUCGUGCAUGGCACAGUGCCAUC